CAUACUUUGGCGUUGCCCCACGGCAUACUUUGGCGCUGCCCCGCGGCCUGGCAGCCUCCGCGCGUCUGAGCGCGCCCAACGGCCUGCGCGCGCGCGGCGGCGCGGGGGGGCGGCGCGGGGGGGGGGGGGAGCCCAACGGCCCGCGGCGCCCGUUAUUGCCCCCUCCGCCUCGGGCCGCCCCCGCGCGCGGCGGGCCUGGCCCGGCCGGUGCCGAGGGCCGGGGGCAGCCGUGGGGGAACCGUCAGGGCCGCACGUUUGCAGUCGCAUUACGUGAACAAAUAGCGGGGGAGCAGCCAGCCAGAAGGGCUUGUGUAACUUUGCAAAUGUGCCAGAAAGUUUAAAGUCCCUCGUCUCUCCUCCUCCUCCUUCCCUCACUCCAGACACCAGCACGAGCCGGAGGAAGAUGAGAGGCUGAUUGUUUGCUCCGGCUCCUAUUCGCAUCCCCUCGCCUAUAAAUACCGGGGAGAAGAAAAGCCGAUCUCGCCUCCCUCCCCUUCGCCGGGCUUCCCGUUGCUUCCCGGCGGCCCGCGGAGCCCCUCAUGGCAGCGCCCGGGGGCAGCCCAGCCUGAGCCCCCUUUCCCGCCCCUUCCCCCUGCACGCGCGGCCGGCCCCCUCCCCCCGCGCAGGAAGGCGCCCCCCCCCUCCUCUUUCUCCCCCUUUUCGUCCUUUUUUCUCUGCCCCCCUCCCCCGCGGAUACCGGGGAGGAAGAAGAAGAAGAUGCAUUUCGCGCCGCCGGGGCUCCUGCUCGCCCAGCUCCACGCGUGUAUCUAUUGGAGCUGCCUGCGGCCCGCCGGCUGCCAGCAGCCGCCGCCGCCGCGCCGCGACCCCCCGCCGCCGCCGCCCGCCGUCUGGAGGCAGCGGAUCCAGUGGGAGAACAACGGGCAGGUGUACAGCCUGCUCAGCCUCGGCGCCGAGUACCAGCCGCCCCGGCGCAGGCAGGCGGCCGACGCGGCGGCCAGCCCCAUCCUGCUGCUCCGAAACAACGGCACCUUGCCGCGCCGGGCCGCCGCCGCCGCCCGAGGAGCCGCCGCCGCGCAGCCCCAGGCCGCCGCCACCACCACCGCCGCCGCCGCCGGCCGCGGCUCCGGCGCUCGCCACUGGUUCCAGGCCGGCUACCAGCCGCCCAGCGGCAGCCGCGGCGCCGCCGCCUCGGCGCCGCGGGGCUCGGGGGCCGCCGCGGGCCGGAGCCCCUCCUCGGGGGCGUCGCGGCCCAGCGCUCCCACCGGCGGCCCCGGCAGCAACCGGAGCAGCGCCGGCGGCGGCAGCCCGCCGCCCCUCAGCAACUUCAGGCCCGGCCGGGAAGAUGUCAUGGUAGGCGACGACCCCUACAACCCCUACAAGUACACGGACGAUAACCCCUAUUACAACUACUACGACACCUACGAGAGGCCGCGCCAGGGCAGCAGGUACAGACCCGGCUACGGCACCGGCUACUUCCAGUAUGGUCUCCCUGACUUAGUCCCGGAUCCCUAUUACAUCCAGGCGUCCACAUACGUCCAGAGGAUGUCUAUGUAUAACUUGAGAUGCGCAGCCGAGGAGAACUGCCUCGCAAGUUCAGCUUACCGAGCAGAUGUUAGAGACUACGAUAAUCGCGUGCUCCUGAGAUUCCCCCAAAGAGUGAAAAAUCAAGGCACAUCAGAUUUCCUACCAAGCAGACCCCGAUAUUCAUGGGAGUGGCACAGCUGUCACCAACAUUAUCACAGCAUGGAUGAAUUCAGCCACUAUGACUUGCUGGAUGCAAGCUCACAUAGAAAAGUUGCUGAAGGACACAAAGCAAGUUUCUGUCUGGAAGAUACCUCCUGUGAUUAUGGCUAUUACAGACGAUAUGCAUGUACUGCACAUACGCAGGGACUGAGCCCUGGCUGCUAUGACACUUACAAUGCUGAUAUAGAUUGCCAGUGGAUUGAUAUUACAGAUGUAAAACCUGGAAAUUACAUUCUGAAGGUCAGUGUAAACCCCAGCUAUUUGGUACCUGAGUCUGAUUACUCCAACAAUAUAGUACGCUGCGAUAUACGCUAUACUGGCCACCAUGCAUAUGCCUCUGGCUGUACAAUUUCACCAUAUUAAGAAAGAUGCAAGAAAAUGGAUGAGCAGUGCCAAGUGUUUUGAACUGAAGUAUCAUUAUGUAAACUUCAAUAGGAUGUAAACACUAUAGAAGCAAAACUACAGAACAUACAUGCAUACACCCACGUACCUUAUGUGAUUUUGAAGCACUUCAGCUGCUUCUCAACAAAACCUGUAACUGGAUUUUAAGCAUUUGAAUUGGCAUUCCUUUUUAAACUAUUGAAAUGUGUGGAACUGGUGAUUCAUGCACAGAUUUUUUUUUAUUUUGAAAAUCUGACUCAUUCAUAGAAACAUGAGCAUUUCUUAACUCCUGAAAAUUUGGAGUUCGGGUGACAAUAGACUUCAGUCAGAAUAUUACUGCUGAAUGAGUUGAACAUAUUCUAAAAAGGUAGCAAAACUUCAUGUAAAAUGCAUUAAGUAAAACAUGAUAGGAAGUAUAAUGCCAACUAUCUCAGAAAAUACCAGAAUGAAAAUUUGAGAGUAAUGCUACAAUGCCAUUAAAAUAAAACUCACUAGGACACAUUGAUAUGAAUGAGAAAAGUAUGUUCAGUUUUCAAGGGAUAUUAAAAUAUAGCAGAGAAAUAGAUAUCUAUUAGUUAUACCCCUAUGAGAAAAGUUAUGUUUACAUUUUUAAUACAUUAGAAGUUUUACUUUUUCUUUUUUUUUUUCCUCAAAUCAAACACAGAUGGGUUUUUGAAAGAAGCCUUUUUAUCUUUGGCAACCAAAUUAAAGAACUGAUCCACCUUUUUAUGUUGGACAGAUUUUUCAAGGUGGGGCUUUUUUUUAAAAAGAUUUCUGCACACAUAAUGGCAAUUAAAAUAAAUACCUGUCAAGAAGAAAUGGGGCUCUUAGAAGAGACGAAGAAGAGUCCCUGAUGUAGUCAUCUCUGGAAAAGCAACCAACUUGAACAGGUUAACCAUUAAAAUAAUGCAGGCAACUAACUCAGGUGGCACCACAAACAGAUCAGAAUCUCUAACAUGAAAUUUUUAUUGUGAAAAAGCCUACUACCUGCUUCCCCUUUAAGUACUGUACUUGACUUUUAAAAUGCAUAUCUGAGCAUUCAAACAAUGAAGUGGAAAAUAUACUAUAUAUAGAGGGAGAACAAAAGUAAGUAUAUUUAACAUAUCCUACCUAGGCUGUUCAGGAACCAAAUACAACAUUCUUAAGGGGAAAAACCUCAGCCCAAAUUACUUACUGGUGCUGGAUAUACCACCCCACCCCAUCCCACCCCCCCAUUCCCCAAAUUAUUUUGCUUUUGCAGUGCACCCUGCUGUAAGCUAAAAUAGCUGUGAUUUUGUUCUUAAACUGUGAAAUAACAUAUCACAAGAAGAUCUGGUGUUUUUUUUCAGAAGAUUACAGAUCAUUUAAAAUGAAGGAUUUACUUUUGAAACAAAGUGGCUUACAAAUAAUUGAUUGAUAUUGGUUAUGUUUAAUUGGCAGUUCAAAACACCAAAUUAAACAAAGCUCCAAUUUAGGGGUUUUUUUUUUAAUGUGCUAUUGAUUAUAGUUGAUUGAUAUAUUGAUUAUAUGAUGAAAAAAUCUGAGGAAUAUGGAGAGGCUUUGUUAUCACUUCUGAGAAUACUUUAGGCAAUAUUUGUCUAAAGUAUUUUAUGCAAUAGAACCCUACAAGUUUAAUUUGUUUAAUUCAACAUCUUUGAAGGAUCAGCUUGUUCUUUACAAUGUGUAUUUAAGUUUAUUUCAUGAUUAUUAAAUACUUCCAUCUCAGUUAUAACAAUGCUACAAACUUGCACAACUAGAAAGUAUACCUAAAGAAACAGAAUCUAAGAACCAGCAACCCAGUGCUUACUACCCAAGGGCAGAUGUGGGUACAGAAUGGAUACAGUUUAUACCUGCAGGUCCCCUCUUGUUUGUUCAGAGAUCCAUUUUAGUAACCAACUAUCAGUAUGGGCACCUAACAGGAGUGAUAUUUGAAAACUGGAUUAGAAACCAAUUUAUUAUAUGCAGCUGCAAAAUGAGGGUUUGUUAUGAGUUCAGACUUCUGAAAUCUCAGCCCAAAGGCUUUUUAAGAUGAAAAGGUUUGAGGGAUGAAAGUGCAUUUUCAGUUGUCACCCUUCUAGAAACUUCGGUCAAAGUUGCCAUGAAAGUCCUGGCGGCAGCUUGGGCAACAGACCCAGAAAUUACUGUAGCGCAAACCAGGCUGUGAGCACAGACUGCUUCCUGGUGAGAGCUCACACACAUGCUCACCUUGUGCCUGACAGCAAGCAUGGGGUAAGAGAACACUAACUGGCCACAGAGCAGCCAGCAGAAAUUGAAUUUCCGCUACAGCUUACAAGGCAGUAACCUGUUCAUGUGCCUAUACUUCAACUGCCCACAGAACUCCACUGAAGUCUGUAAGGAUCAGAGGAGCACAAGCAGCUGCGUAGGUGGAGUAAGCUGUAAUAUCGGACUUAGUCCUUCCAAUGGGAACAGCCUGAUUUGAGAGUGUUGGACACCAGUAGCUUUAGAAAACUGCUGAGGCACAGUACAUGGGAAUAAGAUGAACUGCAUUACUGGGGGAGCUCUGUUCUAGGUGAGUGACAUCUACUGCCUGUCAAUGCAUUGGCAUUUGUGGGAUGUUGUAGCUACAAAGAUGUUCUUUUCCUUAGCAAGAUACUGUACAAAUUUCGAAAGGUGUGUUAAGCAACAUGACACCAAUGUACAAAAUAGCACAAAAUUGCUUAAGGUAACAUGGACCAUCUAUUUAAGAGAUAAAAACCAGGGGUUUUAGAAUUAAAAAUGCAGAAAUGUGUCUUUAACUUCCCCUACUGAGCUACAGUAAAUGCAGGAAAAGUCAGAGUUGAUUAUAUAGCACAUGAGGAAGCAUUUCUAAAUAACAGAGUGCCAACCAGUAUUUUCAAUAAUUUGGCUCUGAAGUUUUGACCCAGACACCUUAACUUACUUUUUUCAUACUGAAAUCAUAUUUAAGAGAUUACUUGCAUUUUUGUUGAAAAACUUUUAUCAAAACUGUUUUGAUAAAAGUUUUUGGUUUUUUUUUUUUUUUUUUAAUAAAGAAAAUGCUAUUUUGAAAUCCUUUUUUACCAGGCAUAGGGCUUGUUCCUAUUGUCUAUGAAAGGGAUCUUGCCAUUUGGUCUAAGUGGGAGCAGUAUCAGACUUGCAUUUUGUGAACAUUCCAGUACAAAAUUGCUGUCUUACAGUCUAAUUUCCUUUGAAAGGCCAAACUGCUAAAAAUGUGCGUGAAGCAAUUACCUCCCACAUUUCAGAUCUUUUGAUAAAAAAUGCACAUAAGGAAUAUUCUGAACACCAGACUUAUUACAGAAGGGCUUUGUUAUAUUUUUUUAAAUCCUGAAAUACAUUUGAUAUUUGCAUAUUUCUAGACAAAAGUGUAACAAAAAUGACAGAUUGGUCACCAGUUGAACCAACAUAUUGUGUAGAUGAUGUUUUUAUGUUAGUAAAAGCCUGUUCAUUUUCUGUCUGCUCCAGAGUUUACUAUGCAGCAUUGAAGGGGUGCAAACACCAAGGGUACCCUCUUCGUCAUUCAUACAUGGUUUAUAUUGUACUUAUUCAAACCAGCAGGGCAAAUUUCAUAAAUGAGACAUUGAAAGGUGGUUUAUCCUGUGUCUCACAUUUAUGCCAAUAUGGCAUUUUCAUAUUCUCCAAAUUCUAGAAGGUGCUGAAAUAUUUUAACUUGAAUUAAAACUGAAGACUAUGCUAUUGAGAGGUUUCUAUUAUGCAACUAAAUGCUACAGAUACAGUGAAAUGCCACUUGUUUUUUGCAACUUUUUGAAAGGUUUUCAUUAUUUCCUUCACUUUUCUUCCAAGAGUCUUAAUUUCAAAAACUUUGCAUCUUUAUCUGAAGAGCUCUUAUUUAUAAUAUUCAGACACUAGCUUUGUAUUCUUCAUUGCACUUUCAUAUUCUUGUGUUACAUGCCCGUAUUAUGGUUGCAAGUUUAUGUGAAAAUGACUUGAAUAAAAUGUUUCAAGUGUUCAAA